UGCCGCGGACCGAGUAUAAAUGCCGACGGUGUCGAGGGCAUCGGCGUCACUUCUGCUGAACUCGUCCUCCAGUCCACCACCAUCACCACCACCACCAUGAGCGGGCUCAACAAGAUGCUCGUCCCCCUGGCGCUCAUUCUGGCCGCCACAGCCACCGCCAAACCGACGCCGACGGAUGAAACUCUCUCGGAAUACGAGUUGCAAGGGCACAACAACCAGGCGGCAGAAUUAGUUCCAGGCCGGCUGCUGCUGCGACAGGCGUUUAUGCGGCUGCCACCGAGGCCUGCCAGGUCCUUUGACACAUUGACCGGAGCUUCUUUUGGCACCAACAAGCGUGGCGGUGGUUUUGACUCAAUAAAUGGUGUUUCGUUCGGAGGACAAAAGCGCAAUUUUGACGAGAUCGACAGGACAGGCUUUGACGGCUUUUGGAAAAGGAACUUUGACGAGAUAGACAGAACAGGCUUCGAUGGCUUCAACAAGAGAAAUUUUGAUGAGAUCGAUCGAAGCGCUUUUGAUGGAUUCUACAAACGCCGCGGUCCUCCGGGAAACUGAAUCCUGAGUCUCCUACAAUGCCCUUCAGUUAAAUGUAACUAUAGCUGAUAAAAUGUUCCACAAACGCACGACUUUCACCAUAUCAAUCACUUCCAUACCUUAAAACCUUUCAAGAUGUAUCAAAAAUGUAUUUUACAAACACUAGGCCGGAAAACUUUGCUUGUGAAAAGUACUAUUAGGCUGGCGUUUGUGUUUUUUACUUUUUAUUUGAGAAUAAAACAUUUACAUUUAACCCAAAGGAUACCUAUGUAUUUGAUGUCAUUGCUGUGAGUAGCAUUAGGAGUUUAUUCACGUUCAUCACUAAUUAAUGUAUCCCCUGAUUGGCUGAACUGACCUUACCAAGCUCUCAAAAAAGUACAAUUAGCUGUGCUCAAGACAAUUCUCAUUUUAUUUUUGUCAAACCCCUACUCAAAAUUGUAAAAGAAAAAACUCAAGGUAGAGUUGAUCUGACAAUGAGUUGACCACCACGAUCAAUAUGAGUAUUUUAGGGAAGCAAUAAAAUAAAUUUGUGUCUAAA